CAUCGACGGAGAAACUUAUAUAAAUAUCGAAAUUGAUGCAAUAAAGCAUAAAGUUCUGUUAAUUGUAAAGGAACUACGAAGCUCUGUUUUCUUCAGUAACCAUUAACAAUGGCGUUGUUUCGGAAAUUGUUCUAUCGGAAGCCACCAGAUGGACUGCUUGAGAUCGGAGGCGACAGAGUUUACGUAUUUGAUAGGUGUUUCUCUACUGAUGUUUGGGAAGAGAAAAAUUACAAAGGCAAUGUAGCAAGCGUAAUUAGCCAACUUCGGGAUCAUUACCCUGACGUGUCAAUUUUGGCUUUCAAUUUUCGGCAGGGUGAGUCAGAAAGCCUGAUUGCAAACGAUCUUUCCGAGCAUGAUGUGACCAUAAUGGAUUACCCUCGACACUAUGAAGGAUGCCCUUUGCUCUCUAUGGAGAUGAUAAACCAUUUUCUUCGAUCCAGUGAAAGUUGGCUCUCCCUCGGGCAGCAAAAUGUGCUCCUACUACACUGUGAAUGGGGUGGUUGGCCAGUUUUGGCAUUUAUGUUGGCUGCAUUAUUGAUAUAUAGACGACAUUUCAAUGGGGAACAGAAGACCUUAGACAUGAUUUAUAAGCAGGCUCCUCACGAGCUUUUGCACUUAAUGCAACCUCUAAAUCCAAUUCCUUCUCAACUAAGAUAUUUACAGUAUGUAGCAAGAAGGAACUUGAACACACAAUGGCCUCCCUUGGAUAGAGCACUCACUCUGGAUUGCAUUAUUAUAAGGAUGAUACCUGACUUUGAUGGCAAGGGUGGUUGUCGGCCCAUAUUUCGUAUUUAUGGACAGGAUCCAUUAAUAGUUUCUGAUCGGUCUCCGAAAAGUUUGUUCUCAACACAAAAGAAAAGUAAUGUUGUCCGUUACUACAAGCAGGAAGAAUGUGAAUUAGUCAAGAUUGAUAUCAAUUGUCAUAUACAAGGUGAUGUUGUCUUGGAAUGUAUUAGCUUGCACGAUGACCGGGAAAUAAUGAUGUUUCGAACCAUGUUUAACACAUCUUUUAUUCAGUCAAGCAUUCUGAUACUUAACAGUGAUGAAGUUGAUACAUUGUGGGAUGCUAAGGAUCAAUUUCCAAAAGACUUCAGAAUUGAGGUUCUUUUUUCAGACAUGGAUAUUGCUGCUUCUGUAGUCCCUGUUGAUUUGUCUUGUUUCGAUAAGAAGGAUGGCCUUCCAGUGGAGGCAUUUGCUAAAGUUCAGGAAAUCAUUAACAGUGCCGAUUGGCUAAAUCAAAAGGGUGAUGCUGCUAGCAAUAUGCUCGAACAAAUAACUGAAUCAAAUUUGAUCCUGGAAAAAUUGGGAUCUCCACCUGAGACAACAGCCACUACCAAGCUCAUUGAUCAAGCUACUUUGGAGAACCCUCAAAAGAGGCAAGAACCUGCAGCAUUAGAGAAUAAUGCUAAGGGCUUGGCACAGUCUACUUUGGAGCAGCAGGUUGGGUCAUCCUCUGAAGCAUACCGUAGCAACAAACAAGAAGCUGUGUUUCAACUUGUUGAAACCAAAGAAUCUAGUGCUUCUGUUACAUCACCACCAGUGUCACCUCAUGAAAGCAAAACAGUGGAACAUCCUUCACUUCAUGGAAAAGAAUGUGGUAAGCUGCAAGAAGUUUCUUCUCUAUCUGAAAUCAAGGACCGACCACUCAUGACAAAUGUCCUCAUGUCGCCUACUCUUCCACCUUUAUUGACAAAGGAUCAAGGUAUAGUCACUGGAAAGCCUCUAUCUCCUGCUCCAACGCCACCAGCACUACUCCCACCACUCAAGGAUAAAUUGGAUGUACCUUCUCCAUCGCAGCCUACUCCUCCCAGAGACCAAAGUACUAAUUCUAUAUGUUUGAAAGAUGAUGCAACUACAGUAUCUCAACCUUACACAUCAUUGCUUCCUCUUGGGAUGCCUUUAAGUCCAUGUGAGAAUGACAUAAUUGCCAAAAUGGAACCUUCUCUGCCUACUUUCCCUUCUGGGAGUCCUUCUCCAUCAGGCCCCAUACCCCCCAAUAUCAAACAUUUAGAAGAAAAGUUGGUCAGUAAGAAUGGGACGUCACCAUUGCCACCACCUGUACCACAUUUAGUCCCUGUGUUGGAGGAGAAUUCUGCUUAUGUGUGUGGAACUCCUCAAACUUCAGCUCCUCCUACACCACCUUUGAAGCAAAAUUUAACUUUCAGUGGUGGGUCAUCACCACCACCACCGCCGCCAUCGCUGCCUCCACCAACACCUAGUUCUUCCCCAUGCCUGUUACUUACAACCCCUGGGUUGAACAAGAAUUGUUCCUCAAUAAGUGGACCACCUCGACCUCCAUCUCCACCUACCCCACCUUUGAAGGAAAGACUAGUUUCCAAAGGUGGAAUGCUACUGCCUCUGCCUCCACCUCCACCUCCACCGCUUCCUGAGCAGCCUGUGAAGGAGGAUUUUUCUCUAAUUGAAAAACCCUGUCCACCUCCACCUCCACCACUUCCUGAGCAGCCUGUGAAGGAGGAUUUUUCUCUAACCGAAAAACCCUGUCCACCUCCACCACCUCCUUUGCCUUCAUCACAGGCUUCUAAGCCUACAGAGUUAUAUGCAGUACCACCAUCACCACCUCCUCCCUCCUUGGUUUCAUCUCUCAAGGAUAAUAAUAAUCUCCCAAAGAGUGUUCCUUCUGUUCCUCCUCCUCCGGUUCCUUUCCCUAAGGUGAAUAAUAUGCCUGCUUCUCCAUCUCCAACCCCUCCUAUUGCUCCUCCACCUAGCAAAAAUUACCGACGGAUGUUGUUUAGCACUAUGACUUCAAGAAGCAAUUCAACAAAGAAGCUGAAGCCAUUGCAUUGGUUAAAGAUAAGUAGAGCAGUCCAAGGAAGUUUUUGGGCUGAAAUUGAAAAAUGUAGCUAUGCCUCCAAGUCAUCCGUGAUUGAUAUGCCAGAACUUGUAUAUUUCUUCUCUGUUCAAAAUUUAGACCAAGUCGGUUCAGGAACGAACGGGAAUUCAAAGACCAAAUUUGGACAGAAAGUUCAGAAAGUGCAGCUGGUUGAUCAUAGACGGGCUUAUAAUUGUGAAAUUAUGCUUUCUAAGGUGAAGAUACCACUGCACGACAUGCUGACUUCAGUGCUUGCUUUGGAAGAUUCAGCAUUAGAUAUUGAUCAGGUGGAGAACCUGAUUAAGUUUUGCCCAACAAAAGAGGAAAUCGAAGUGCUCAAGGGUUAUAAAGGAGAAAAAGAGAAGUUGGGUAGAUGUGAACAGUUUAUGUUAGAACUGAUGCAAGUCCCACGAAUAGAGUCCAAGCUACGGGUUUUCUCAUUUACUAUUCAGUUUCAAUCCCAGAUUUCUGAGCUAAGGAACAAUCUGAAUAUUGUGAAUUCAGCAACUGAUCAGAUCAGAGGUUCAUCGAAAUUGAAAGGGGUUCUGCAGACAAUUUUGUAUUUGGGAAAUGCUCUCAACCAGGGAACUGCAAGAGGGUCUGCUGCUGGGUUCAAGUUAGACAGCCUCCUUAAACUAACGGACACACGUUCAUGGAGCAAUAAGAUGACUCUCAUGCAUUAUCUUUGCAAGAUCCUUACGGACAAAUUGCCUGAACUACUUGAUUUUUCUAAAGAUCUUUCCAGCUUGGAACCCGCAUUGAAGAUACAACUGAAAUAUUUGGCAGAGGAAAUGAAAGCUAUUAGCAAAGGAAUGGAGAAAGUUGUAGACGAGCUGUCCAUGUCAGAAAAUGAUGGACUAAUGUCUGAGAAUUUCUGUAAGGCUCUGACGGAGUUUCUUAGCUGUGCUGAAGGUGAAGUCAGUUCCUUGGCUCAACUUUUUUCUGAUGUGGGUAAAAAUGUGGAUUCGCUGAUUAUUUAUUUUGGAGAAGACCCUGCUCGUUGUCCAUUUGAACAAGUUGUCUCGACAUUAAUGAGCUUCCAAAGAAUGUUCAAUCAAGCCUUAGAGGAAAAUCGCAAGCAGCUGGAGUUCGAGAGAAAGAAAGCAGAGAAGGAAGCUAAGGAGAAACAGAGGACAAGUGCUUCAGAUCAUAAGAAGACUUGAAACUUUGAUCAUUCAGUAUAGUGUGAAAUAAUGUAAUCAUAUAUAUGCAGCCCGGGCUUUUGUUCAAUGGUAAAGGUAGUA